AUGGAUCGACUAUCUGAACGAAGUAUGCCUAAUGACACCAUUGACGACAUGCCGAAUUACCCCCCGAAGACGGAGGAAGUAUGGGAGGAGGUGACCCAUGACGCCGUCUUUGGAGAAAUCUCUGAGGAGGGUCCCAAUUAUCGUAAUGUGGGCUUUUUCGGCACGGUCAUUCUCAUGAUGAAAACCCAGAUUGGCUUGGGUGUUUUGUCUAUACCGACUGCUUUUGAUACCCUAGGCAUGGUUCCCGGUGUGGUUGUUUUAUGUGCCAUUGCUGCUAUCACCACAUGGUCUGCCUACGUGGUUGGCACGUUCAAGCUUCGCCAUCGGGAGAUAUAUGGAAUUGACGAUGCUGGAGCUUUAAUGCUUGGUUCCACUGGGCGUGUCAUUCUUGCCACCGCAUUUUGUCUCUUCUCAACCCAUGCCCUCUGCACGGCUGUGUUUGUGGUGAUUGCGGCCAUUGCAGGCUUCUUGUUUAGUAGUAUUCGGACCCUGGGCAAGAUCACUUGGCUCGCGUGGAUCGGAUUGCCGUGCAUUCUUACUGCAAUUUUAAUUGUGACCGUCGCGGUUGGUGUCCAAGAUCGCCCUGCGGCCGCACCGCCAGGUGUCUGGGUUUCCGACUUUAAAGUCGUUAACAAUCCGAGCUUUACCAAAGGCAUUACCGCCGUCUCCGCCAUUGUUUUUGCAUUCUCCGGCACACCGGGAUUCUUUUCCAUCGUCUCGGAAAUGCGCGAACCUCGCCAGUUUACGAAAGCUGUGAUGGCCUGCCAGGCCGGUGUAACUCUUAUCUAUAUUAUCAUUGGUGUCGUGGUCUACUACUACUGUGGAUCGUAUGUCUCAUCGCCAGCGCUCGGGUCGGCCGGUGGAACCGUCAAGCAGAUCUCCUACGGAUUCGCCUUGCCCGGGUUAAUUGUUACAUUGACAAUUGUGUCUCAUAUUCCCGCAAAAUACAUCUUCCUCCACCUCCUCCGGGGCUCAAAACACCUGACCCGCAACACGCCGACGCACUGGAUCUGCUGGCUGAGCUGUACCUUUGGUAUUGCCGUCAUUGCAUAUAUCAUUGCCAGUGUGAUCCCUGUCUUCGACUCCCUGGUCUCCCUGAUCGGUGCGCUACUGGGCCCACUCAUGUGUUUCCAGACAAUGGGUGGCAUGUGGCUCUACGAUAACUGGUCAAAUACCGCCAGGACCAAGAAGUGGUAUGCGAUGGUCUGUUUCAGUAUCUUCGUGAUCGUUUCUGGAACCUUUCUCAUGGUUGCCGGGACGUACGGGUCGGUGGUUGGGAUUAUUGAUACGUACAACUCGAGUGGAGGUUCGGCUGCCUUCUCCUGUGCGGAUAACUCGAACUCUGUGUGA